AUGGAAGCCAUUAUGAAGCAGGUCAAACACCAGUUCAAACAAAAAGAGGAGCAAGAAGCAUCAUUAAUCAGACAGCUUGAAGUAGUCAGACGUGAAAAAGAGCAACUACAACAAACAAUACAAAUUCUAUCAUCCCAUUCAGCAUCUAAAGAAGAAGCAGCCAGCAGCUCAACAACAAAACAACCAAAAGAAGAAAUCCAAGAAAUAUCAUCCGAUGAAAGUCAACCACAAAUAGCACUAGAAACAGAAAAACAAACCAUGACACCAAACCAAGAGGAGUAUCCACCGCUACAAGCAGAUCAUAAAAAAAUAAAGAAACGGUACAUAAUUUUCAACGGAGAAAACAAAGGAGUAUAUGAAGAUUGGGGAAUCGCCAGUUCAUAUAUUCUUGGAAAAAACAUCAUUCACAAAAGUUACAGAACGAAAAAUGAAGCAGAAACCGCAUACAACGAAGCAUACAAAGCAGUAAUAAAAGAUAACGUUGAAUGUUCAAAAACAGGUCUCCUAACACCACAAAAACCUAUAUCCAACUUUACACCACAAAAACCUGUAUCCAUCCCAAGAUCCCUUAACCAGCUAAAUGCAAAAAUUGCCCUUGAAUCCAUUUUAUCAACCAAAGAAAAAGAAGCCAUGAAAAAAUCAUCUGCCAAAAAAUUUGCCAAAUUAUGGGACAGUCUUAUUUAA